AUGGCUCACGUUAGCCCGUUGUCCCUGCUUCUAUCGCGUUCCUUGGUUUAUGAUAUGUUAAGGUUCACGGAGAUCGUGAAUUUCCACUGGAUGCAGUGCUUUUUUGGCAAUGUUUGUAUCAGUGGAGCGUCUGUCUUUGGUUCUCUUGCAUGCUCUGUUUACCCUCGGUCGAGCCACAAAGUAUCCCGCCCGAUCAGAGAGGCCGUCCCGUGUCCAAUAUUCUUCAUGGUGCCUUCAUUACUAGACAGGGCCACGCUAGUUUGUGCCGCGAACCGCCUUCGCCUCCGGUAUGUUCGCAUGGAAUGGACCACUGUUGGCCAAAAUCACGUCUUUACGUUUUUUCUUCUGCUCUAUGUUUUCCGUCUUCGGAUGCGCUUUUUUACCGUCAUCUCUUUAGUGUACCCGUCAAACGCAUCUUUCCCUCUCCCUCCUAGUCCUUCCCUCCCUCGUCGCCUCCACCAAGUAAAUACUCGCGACCUACACGUCCGUGCUAAAUACCUGGAGUACUUCAAACGUGCUACUCCAUCGUGCUCGACGUGUACGGCGGCCUGGAAACGUUCGCUGCCCACUCCCGCUCUCGAAGCCGCGACGCGUGACAUCCCAGUAGAGCAGGUCCUCCAUCCGACGGAAAUGGCCUCCUUUUUGACUGAUGCGGUACUAUAUAUCGCUCCUAGUACGGCAUUCCGUGUAAAGGAUCUAGAGGCUUUCGAGCUGGCGUUAUUGGAAGAUCCUAUAUUCGAGGAAAUAAACAUUGAGGGUUACAGGAUUAUGAGGCGAUGGAUAGAGAUGGCGGUGGAAUAUGCCUCUUAG